CUUUUGUCUUCAGGUAUGUAUAUAUUGAAAGAAGUCUAUUAAAGCAGAGUUCCCGUGUCGUCUGGUUCGACAGACUGACUGCGUCCAGAACAGAACGCCGUGUUUCACUUCCCUGCUCGCUGCGAACCAUAUGGGACUCUGCGGCUUGACCCCGGAUUACGAGAGCUGGGUGGAGUCCAGGAACGGCCGCCUGCGAAGUCUGCGACGUCAACAAGAUCCCACGGCUACCAGGAUCCUUCUGCCGCCAGGGUAUGUAAUCCACAGAGUUCGCGAAGCGGAAGACUCGUCCAGUCACUCAUCUCUGCAAGAACAAGGUUGGAACUUAUCCAUUGACGAGGAAGAGCCGUCGUCUGACUUGCUAAACAUACCAGGUGCAUCAGACCCUGCCAGAGCGAAGACCAACCCCCAUAUCGAAAUCCAGAAAAGUCCUCGCCCAGACGAACGCCACGAAGAGGCUGUGCCAAAAACCCAACCAGAGUGCCGCCUUCAAGCACCACGGAUCCUGACUCUUGAAAGACUGCCUAAUGGACUAUAUAAAGCGCGGAGACCCCACCACUCCAACGAAUCGAGCAUUAUAGAUCUCCGAGCUUCUCGGAACCUGAAAAAUCCCACAGCGCUGCCUUCCUAUCGGGACAAAUCCACUUGGACGGGACCCAAUCGAAGAGAUGUUAUCGUGAUCAGCUCAUCACACAGCAGACAGCCUAGCAGCAAGACGAGCAGCAGGAGAAGCGGACAGGCUGGGCGCGGUACACCUGUAGAGUCUCCACGCAGAGUGCGGUUCUAUAGAACUGCAGACGACGACAAUGUCCAAGAUAAUGAGACCGUGAACGGCAAGGUUUCGAGCUGGUUGCUGCAGGAUGACGAAUUCUGGUGACGGCGUACUUGUUGACACAGUCGUUCUCCCCUACCGUGACCAAACCGUCCAUAAGAUUGCCAUGAAUUGUGAGUAUCCACGGAAGUAUUGCCAGGUCCACAUAAUAUCGAUAAAAGUCCAUGUCAUGUAUGAUUUAUGAUCCACUGUGUCGCGAUGCAUGUUUUUAAUUUA